AUGGGGUUUGUGAAAGUCAUCAAGAACAAGGCGUACUUUAAGAGAUUCCAGGUCAAGUUCAAGAGGAGGAGAGAUGGAGUCACUGACUACUACGCCAGGAGGAGACUGAUCUUCCAGGACAAGAACAAGUACAACACCCCCAAGUAUCGUAUGGUCGUCCGUUUCACCAACAAGGACAUCAUAUGUCAGAUAGCCUACGCUCGUAUUGAAGGUGACGUGAUUAUGUGUGCUGCAUAUUCUCAUGAGCUGCCUCGUUACGGCGUGAAGGUCGGGCUAACCAAUUACGCAGCUGCCUACUGCACUGGACUUCUGUUAGCAAGACGACUGUUAAAGAAGCUGAAGCUUGACCAGACUUACGAAGGACAGGUUGAGGUCAGUGGUGAGCAGUUUACAGUGGAGGAUGUGGAUGGUGCUCCUGGUGCCUUCCGAGCUUACCUGGAUGUCGGUUUGGCUCGUACCACAACUGGUGCUCGUGUCUUCGGAGCACUGAAGGGAGCUGCUGACGGUGGCAUUGACAUCCCACACAG